CCUGUUUACCUACCUAAGCAAGGAAAGCUACGAGGGACGACCGUAUUCGGGUCAGGUAAGUAUAUGAGGAAGCUAGAGAGGGCAUACAGGAUAGACCCUUUUGAGAUAGGAUGCUGAGUAGGUGAGUGUCCUUGUUUGUCUUCUAAUAGGGAGCUUGAAGGAAAAAGUCCGUUAAGAUGCCGGAGAGCGGCAGUGUGUCGGAUGGCACCGGGAAGGUCCUGACGCUCGAGGACCUUAUUGCGGCCAUGAGAAGACUCCGAGCAAUGUCCCUAAGGUCGACACAUUUCACUUCAAUGGAGAAAGAGUCUCAGACUGGCUGGAUCGGGUGGAACAAGCAAUUGGUGAGACUAGCGGAUGCGGUGAAAUUCCAGCGGAUCAUGAGAUAUGUGCUUUAUGGGCACCAUCAGGAGAUGCAGAGAGUGGUUAACGACGCCAACGACAAUUUGGUCAGGUUUAGAGAGGGAAUGCAAAGGAAGUACAAGUUGGGCGAUGGCCUGUUAACCACGACAGACCUGGAGGUAAUGAACAAAGAUAACUUCACUACGAUAGGGGCCUUUGUACAAGAAUUUAAGAAGAGGGCAAAGAAAGUCCACGGGAUCUCAAAGGAGACGCAGUGUGCCAUCUUUUUGGGACUGCUUAUUGCGUCAGAGGCCUGGGAGUUGACAAGUCAUGGGGGAGGGAGUGCUAAGCUCACAUGGGCCACCAUUGAUAAAAGGGUGGAAGAUGAGAGCUUAGACCAGGUGGAGCAGCACCAAGUACGGCUACAAAGACAGAAGAGAAAGGAGAGGGAUGCUUCGGCGUCCGGGACUCCAGGGGCAGCGCGAACGCGAAGUCAGGCCAAGGCCAGUGCUAGUAAAGAACCUCCCCGAAGAGAGUCUGAGCCGGGAGGAAGGAAAGAGGCAGUGGAAGUGGAGGAUGAUGAUGACGAGGAGGAAGAAGAUGAGAGGUUGCGCCAAGAAGAGGAUCACAGGGCGGAGCAAAGGGCUAAGAAAAGAGAAGCCAGGGAAGGAGCUGAGCCGGUCUUGCACGAUGUGCCGCCUAAGAAGAAGAAAUACGCAGCCCGGCUAGAAGAAGGGUUUGACAUAGAGAAGGUGAUCGACAGGUUGUUAGAAGGACAUAACGACCUCAUGACCAUGAAGGAAAUUUUGGCGUCAGCACCUAAGCUCCGUGAUGGAUUAAAGGGGAGGUUGUCGCGGCAUCUGGUACCCAAUGUCCAUCUGGGUACGAUCCUGCCCAAGGAGGCGGAGUGGGCAGAGUCGAGCACGAAGAUGGACUGGAAGUGUGUGGCCUGCGGCACAGUAGAUUUGGUAGUGAAGGGCUCCAAGUAUGCAGUGAUGGUGGACACAGGGGCGGAAAUGAAUAUCAUCAGGGAAGCGGAUGCCAUCAGGUUCGGAUUGGAUAUAGACGGAUCUGAGUGCGGCAUUCUACACGGGGCAAGCUGCAAGGCCAUGUUCUGUGGGACAGCCUCGAAUGUGUUCAUCGAGGUUGAGAAAGUAAAAGCCAGGGCAUGCUUCUUCGUCAUGCCGGACGUGGAUCACGGGAUUCUUUUGGGGAGAUCCUUUCUGAGCAGGACAGAGACGGUGAUAUUUAAUACGCAUGAUGGGACUUUGAUCCUUGUCUUGUGCGACCUUGCCUGUGGAAAUUAUGAAGUCAUCACCUGCAGGAAUACAGGGCCAAAAAGCAUAAGGAACUGGCCCAAUCCAGGGUCUUUCACAAUCGAGGAGUCGGAGGGCGAGCGUCGGAGGCUCUGGGCGGAGCCAGAAGAGGAAGAGAGGGUCGAAGCAUUCUCCCUCAGCUUGUCGGACGUGGGGAAAGCCAUGGACUUGGUGGCCGCACAUGAGAUGGCAGAUCCGGAUGCCAUCCAGGCAUUGAGGGAGCAAGUCCUGGAGUGUCCCGAGGCAGGGAGAUUGGAGUUGGUGUAUCGUCUUUCGGAUGGCAGGAGGAACCCGGCAUUGGUGCAGGUGCAAUCUGAAGAUGUGGUGGUCAGAAUGAAGGAAGAGUUCCGAGAAGGGGGUUUCGUGUUGGGGGCGCCAGACUAUGACGCCACGGAAACGAGACCCUUCAUUGUUGAAACGGAUGCGGGACCAACUGCCUUAGGUGGGCUCUUAAUCCAGGCAGACACGGAGGGAAAGGAAAUGCCUUUGAGAUUUGAGAGUCGGACUCUUUGUACGACCGAGAGGAACUAUUCUCAGAUCAAGAGGGAAACCCUUGUCGUCCUCUACUGUCUGCGAAUCUUUCGAAACUACAUCUUCAGCAGGAGGUUUAUAUUGAGAGUGAACCCAACUGCCCUGGCCUACUCUCUAAGGAAUUACGUUUCAUCGGAUCCAACAGUUGCCAGGUGGCUGACGUACAUCUGGAUGUUUAACUUCGAGUUGGAACGGAUCCCUGGAAACAAGAACCGGGCGGACGGGCUGAGUCGUAUCAAAUGGGAUAGUCAAGAAGGAGAGGCGGUGGAGAAUACGCCCCCAGUUGAUGGAUUUUUGGAUCAAGUGGAAGAUGUCCGUCUCCACAUUAACAAGUUGUCGCCGCGAGUGCUCAGUUGUGUGGACCAUCCUAUCUGGCAAGCGUCGAGCGGGUAUAAACGGAAGGCGGAGCUGGUCCUUAAGCCUUUUGAGGAAGAGGAUCCCUGGGGUGGUAAAGAUGUUCAGUGGAUGAUGAAGUUGGCGUUGGCUGGAUCGCAUAGCCUAGUGGAAGAUAUGAGGGCAAUAGAGGAGGGGUCAGGCCAGGUAGAAAGGCAUGAGGAAUUGAUAGGGGGAAUGUAUCUUCUCGUCAACACACCACUGCAGGAAAGCCUCGAUCAAGCAGGCCCGUUGAAUCCGGCGGGGAAUGAGGACGAGGUGCCCGAGAGCCAGGACGACGAGUUUGAUGAGGGUGAGAUCAAAGAGGUCUUUCGUACAGAGGAGUAUGAAGGGAUCUACCUGGAAUUGGGACUCCUUCUGUCAUGCGAAAUGCGGCUUAGAAAUGCGAGCGAUAGGGCUCAAAGAAUGAUGCAGCGCUACUUGAUCGAAGAAUUGAAUGGGACUGAAUGGAAGGACUGGGUAUCUGGAACGCGGCUGAAGAAAUUUGUGGCGCGAGAAGAGGCGAUUGAGAGAUUGAGGGGCGCCGACAGGUUCGAGGAGACCAUUGCCCGGAUCCGUAGGGAGGCGACGACGAGGCCAGAGGUGGAGAUGAGGAUGCAGGAGCUACGACCCUCGCCUGUGGGACCUGAUGGCAGACCGAUUUGCCUAGAGAUCGGAAAUGCGGCGGACUUUAUCCCCGCCUUCGAGUGGUUCAUGCAGGGGCAGGGUACACCGAGAGAUGAUUGGGCGAGGACGCUACCCCUCUGGACUAGAAAGGCGGAGAGGCCACUGGCUAGGCAGAUCAGAGAUAUGGCCCGGGAUUGGGAGAGUUGCAGGGCACACUUGAGGGAGGUCUUUCGACGGCCAGAACCUUGGCCCCGAGUUGAGAGGCGCCAGAGAAGCAGGAGACAGGGGGACCCUGAGCCCAGUGAGGCAAGGCCAUCUCGAGGGGGACGGAAGGCCCUCCUAGCCAGGAGAGAAGAGGAGUCGGAGCCUGAGGUUGAGGAGCGAGGGGCGUAUCCUGAGUGUGGGCUGGGACCGGUGGAGUUCCAUCAUUUUACCGAGGGUGGAUUGAGGAGGUCGCCAGUGCGCACACAUGAGGAGGCGCCAGCAUCUGAGGGCCCACUGAGAGAGUUGGAGGCGCACCUGGACGUCUCUCGAUGGGGAACGUCGCCUCGAGGCGAGGAGCGUGGAGGACAGGCAGAGGAGGUGCCACGAGAGGAGGUACCACGAGAGGAGGCCCGGGACAUUCAGGGAGAGAGGAGGCUGGGUGAUGAGGGGAGGCGUGCAGGGAAGGACGUGAUAGAGGUUGGAGAGAACACACCCCCUCAGACGCCAGCAGUGGGUUUAAGGCCUGGGGAUACACCAGGGAGCACUCGCCAGACAGAAGAGGGAUUGCAGAGAGAGGGGGGCCCAUUGCCUUCAUCAAAAAAGGCUCCUUCGUUAGAGAGGAGAGCAGAAAGGAGGAGAGAGACUGCAGCUGUAAGGAGAGAAGCCUUGGCCCUGAUUGACAGACACCUAGCAGCUCAUGCCCUGGAGCACCCAGACCUGGAGGAGCCAGCACCUGCAGAGCCGCGCCAAGAGUCGUGCCAGCCUGAGAAGGAGGUGGAGGCAGAGAUCCCGAAGAGGGUCGACCAUCGCACGAGGGAGAGGGCACCAGCUGGCGAAACAACUGAAGAAAAGAGAGCGAGUAGAAGCAUGAGAAUAGAAGAGAUAUGGCAGGAAAGGCAGAGAUUGGAGGUAGCAGGGGGAAGAGAGGUUAGAUCUCAAGAUCAGGUUCUUAGCAAACACCAGUUUCGAUCGGUAUCUGAUGGUGGAAAGCGAUCUGGCGGGGAAUAAGAUGAAGGAAGAGGAUCAUGGGCUAAGUUUGGAGACGAUGGAAGUAAAAAUCCAGGAGCUCA